GGAAUCAAAGACUGCACAGGAGCGCUGACCACAGACGCAGGCAAGAGUACAGGUGUAUCUCAUCUAACAGAGCCAGGCAAGAGUCAUCAGUACAGGUGUAUGUCAUAUAAUAGUUAGAAAACAGCUGUCAGCGGUAAAUACUUUGAGAACUAUCAAAAAGUAGCCUUCUUCUGAACUGCACGAAAGAAAAAAAAGAUGAGAUCCUUCCUGUUUCCAGCGGUGGCUCUGUGUGUGCUGUUGGCGGCCAUAGGUACCCCGGUGGAGAGCAGCGGGAGCAGCGGGCUGAGGCUGUGUGGACGGGAGUUCCUGCGGGCCGUGGUCUACACGUGUGGGGGGUCCAGAUGGAGACGGGCCUUUACUGGGGCAGCCACUGAAGGUUACACAGACCAGACUGGCCUGGAGUCAGCGGAGACCACUCCAGAGACGCGCCGACUGAGGCGAGACCUGACCCAACUCCUCAGCAACAUCUGCUGCCAAGUAGGCUGCCGCAAGAGUGACAUCACCAAGCUCUGCUGACAGCCACAUACGGACUAACUUUAAAAAAAAAAGGGGGGAUUGCACCAUCACAGGAAAAUGCCUGGAAAGGUGGCACAUCUCUUUGAUGCCCAAAGUCACAGCAGUCUGCUGAUGCCAUGUUGUGCCAGCGUGUGUACGGCCAUUGUGUUUCUGCAACAAUAAAACUCAUUGAUACAGUAAA